AUGCGCCUCCACCGCAGCGACAAAUACUCCUCCACUGCUCUUGCCGUCACCCCCGCCGGAACCAUGAGGUACCGGGGUGUGAGGCGGAGGCCAUGGGGACGUUAUGCCGCUGAGAUAAGGGACCCUCAAUCUAAGGAGCGGCGUUGGCUGGGGACAUAUGACACGGCGGAGGAAGCCGCCUGCGCCUACGACUCCGCUGCCAGAGUCUUGCGUGGCCCCAAGGCGAGAACUAACUUUUUGUACACUACUUCCCCUCCUCAACCUUCUUCCAUCUUCCUCACUAACAAAAACAAUCAUAAAGACAUCCUUAACCGCAGUAGCCACCUCUUGACCAGUCAGUUCAGCUUCUUCAACAGCCGUAACUGCCACAUGGGUGGUUCUUGGCCUGACCCCUUCUCCUCCUACUCCCUCCCUUCUUCAUUUUCUACCUUCCAUCAGCUUAACUCCACAAACAUGCUCAUAGCCCCUUCUGCUUCCUUCUACUCUUACACCAACCCCAAGGGCAGUUUAGUCAACUCAUCACAUGCUGGCAAUGCUAAUAACCCUUCUCUUUCAUCUUCCUUAUCAUACCCCAAGGGCAGUUUAGUCAACUCAUCACAUGGUGGCAAUGCUAACCCUUCUCUUUCAUGUUCCAUUAGCCACCAUUUAUCAUACCCCAAGGGCAGUUUAGUCAACUCAUCAAAUGGUAGCAAUGCUCCUAACCACAGCGCAGCCUUUUCUUCCUCUUGCCUGACGAACACAAACAGUGAUAAUAAUUAUAAAGCUGAUGUCAGUGAAUACUCGCAAGAGUUGUUUCAUCACUCAGACUCAUCAUCGGGGUUGUUGGAAGAGAUAGUUAGAGGUUUCUUGAAAAGUCCAAAGCCCACUAAAAGUGAGUGUUUGUUGUUAUUAGCUGCUCCUACACCUACUUCUCCAUCCCAAGUUAAGGCUCACUCAUUUCCUCCUCUUUCCGCUGUUUCCACAGGCGACACCAUGAAGAAACACCAGGAUACGGCGGUUCCCUCUAGCAUGCCUUUUACUCAGGAGAACAACAACAACAACAAUAAUAAUAAUCAUCAACAUCAUCAUGAUCUUGAAGAGUGGCCUAACAUGGAAGACAUUUUUCAUCAGUACCCGGACUUUCUUAAUUAG